AGAGCGAGAAAGAGGAGGAGGAAGAGGAGAGAGAGAGGGAGCAGGGGUAAGGCAGCACUGGGUUUGAGCGUGGAGCUGCAGUUGGACGCUGCUGUGCUGUGGUAGGGAGCAGUGGAAGCAGAGGGAGCGUGAAAAGAGAGGAGGAACAGGAGGACGAGGAGAAGCUUAAAGGCAACCCCAGGCACCCAGAGACCCAGCACAGCCAUGCGGCCCAGGUCCCGACUGCUGGCCAAGAGAGGCCUCCCCACCAUCCGAGAGGGCUACGAGGAGCUGGUGCAGGACCUGAACCAGACCAACAGCCAGCACACCAGCACGCAGGACUACUUCCACUCCAUCUGCCAGCUGGCCCGCCCCACCUUCCCUCUCCACGAGCCUGAUCGGGACAUCCUGUCCCUCGGCACACUGGACUCACCCAAACCCUGCCUGCGUCUGCACCGCCUGCGCCAGCCCCUCUCCCUGCAGCUCCAGCUGCCCCUCGCAAUGUCCAGCAGCAUCCCCACCUCAAGCCAGCAGCCGUCAGCACACAGAGAGAAAGCAGAGCAAGAACAAGCCCACGGCCUGGAGCAGGGCGGACCAGAACAUCCAGGCUCAGCUGAUCCGCUGGAGUAUCUGUACAGUCACGGAGGUGCAACAGCAUCCUCAACAAGAAGGGGGCGCCCUGGGCCAGACAGCCAGCGCAAGAGCAGCUGUCCCGAGCUGCUGGGCCUGGCCGAACCCGUCCCGUCGCCCACCGUACUGCAGCGCUCGCCGGUAAGCAGGAAGAAGCUGGAUGACGGUGUCCGCAGCAGCAUCCCGGCCAAACUCGAUGGCACCCCUGCUGGCUGGAGGGGGAAAAGCAGCAGCCGCUGCAUGGACAAACAGACCAUGGUGUCGCACUGGAUCGCUGAGUGUCGAAGUGCGUGGAGGGAGGCCCGCAUCCGAGCCUGCAUGCUGCCCGCCAUCGCAGAGAAGUAGGCUAGUCCACGCAUGAGACUUUGUAUCACGAGCAGAGUCUUAAACGUUUAUCAGUACAGGGAAAACGAAAUGGCAAACAGUGGAAUUAGCCGACUUCACAGUUUACACUGAAAGAAGUAAUCAACUGAGCUUACUUGAUUCACAUGGAGUACAUUGUUUUCAGAUACUGAAAGAAAGUAAAGUGAAAGACAAAAUUGUACAGAUUGAAAUAUUUACCCUCAUCAUCAAAGAAUCAUUAAAAAAUAGCUGCACCCAGUAGGAAGUUACAGAUAGCAGUGCUGUUAAGAUAAAGCUAAAGGACACCAGGAAUAACACAUGAAAAAUUAAUAUGGGAAAAACUUGAUAUUUAUUGAGCUACACAAACGGAAGUAGUUGUAAAAUUGUAAAGGUUCCUAAUGUUUGCCUGCAACAUACCAUCCCAGUUGAAAAAAAUCUCACGCAGUUCCUGCAGAUUGUGCAUAGUAUCUGUGUAUUCAAGGGAAGCUCUUGAGAUGGCAGGACUAUGCUGACGAGCACCUUAUUAACGUAACUUUGAUUUGACAAAAUGCUGGUGAAGAAAAUGCACCUCAAUCCAUGACAACAGGCCAACUGGCGUUCUAACCAUUAAUCUUGGCGCUAAAUGUUGAUUUGCGUUGCCCAAUUUGUUGGUUCAGGUCACUAAGGAUGAUCUGCUGCCAUUCUGAGUCACCCUGUGACAGUCUGGUAUGACUACCCACCAAGUUUCAUUCCUAUCAGUCUAUGCCUUCCGGGUGCAACCAUUUUUGAUGAUGAGUGUGUACAUACAUAUAUGAACUGAUGGAAACGAUGCUCUCAUAUGAAUGAAGUGUCUUCAGCUGAUCAUUUCUUUCAGUGCAGGUUUAUAUGCAUAUACAGUUUCUUGAUGUAAACUAAGCAAAAGUGACCCUAUAGAUGGUGAAGUGUAUAUGCCACACCACAGUGUAGAGUUACGGUGAAUGUCAAUGCUAAAAAAAAACUGAUCAGUGUCAGUCCAGUCGUGUCCAAUUGUGAUCAAUAACUGUAUUGAUUGUUGGAUGCUUUUUACAUUGUUUGGUGAAGAAAAAAAUAAUUUUAUCAUUAAAAUUCCAGUACUAAUACAGAAUAUUCUAUACAUAUAGUUCAGAUUAUUUAUGGUCAGGACAAAGGGCCAAUGCACAAAAGAAACAUAAGUAUAUCACUGUGUGUUUGUUACCAGAAUUAUUUGCUUUUUUUAUGUCCAAGAUCCUAUUUUUUACAAGUUUGCUUAUAUCUGGCAGCUAGGGCAAAGCAUCAGACUACAUGCUUCCAAAGAAAUUCUGAAAUGUUUAGUGGAACCCCCCCCCCCCCCCCCCUCCACACUAUACACUGGGACUGUACAUAUCUAAAAUACUGUCCCCAAGUGUACGUGUUUAUUAUUAAUGCUAUAUUUGUUUUGUUUUUUUAGUUAAAUGAUUCACAAAGAGGUCCUUAAUCCUAGUUAGCUGGACAAAAGGCCAACUGUGGAAACCGUGAGGUUAAGGAUGCAGUUUACAACCGGCCCAAGGCUUGUGGUGUCACCCGAACAAUAAUUCACUGCCAUCUGCUGCCCACAGCAGUAAAACAACUGCAAUAAUAAUUUUAACGAUAGCCAUUCUACCCAGGCCUGGCCUCGUGUUGAUCAGCUAAACAGAGAGAGCAAAUUGCGAGCAUAAAUCCCAGCUUUUGGAAACCGAUUUGUGAUGAGACCACUUUUAUUAAUUUUUGUUUUAACCUUAAAGCAUAACUGCUACAAAAAAGCCAAUCUAGGACUGCACGGUUAUCCUAAAAUGACUGUUUUCACUCACAGACCCUAAAUUCUUCCCAGCAUUGAUAUGGUGUUCCCGGAUUUUGCAGGUAAUUUAACUUUUAAAUGAUGGACCUUAGAGGACAAACAGUAGUUGCAUGACUUUGUAAAUGAUUUUCUAUUUAUGCAUUUGAAGUCCUAUAAAUUAUUAUCAUGAAUGCCAAUGAUUUGCGUACAAAGAUGAUUAUAUGGGGAAAUAAAAUGUUAUUUGUAAAGUC